UCCAACUAUUGUAGUGUGUGACUUAGCAAUUUUGUUGAAGGUCUUAAAAUUAGAUUCUGCUCUCUUGCCACAAGGUGGCUAAAAUUUAUUGAAAUAAAAUACAGUGAUCAGACAUUAUGAUGAUAAUUUGUAACUCUUUCUGUGAUGCAGUGAGCAACAACCAGGAUGGAACUAUUACUUAUUAUGCAGAAAACUGUAUAACUUGUAUUUGCAGGAAACGACAUUCAGCAUUUAUCUUCUUCAAGUACAUGUGUUCACUGCUCUUGUUGGACUAUAGUUAAUUUUUUUUAACAAAAGUAGAAGGGUGGAUAAAUGAUUUCUUUUAAAGUAAGUGAAUCAUUUACUGCAAAGUAGUGUAACCAUGUUAUAUUGUGUUUUUGAAGAAGUGACACAUUUUGAGGGAAAGCAGGUCAGGCCUUGUUCCACUAGAGAGAAGUUACAUUUAGAUGAGGGACAGUGAUUGAAACUUCCAUUUCCUACUUAUCUUUGCAUGAUAAAUUCAUUUUUUAAACACCAUGUCAGAAACUUGACGCUGGGACUGCACUAUUUUUAAAUAGAUUCAAAUAAAAUGAUAUUAAACAUUCAAGCACACUUUGAUGGAAAAAAAUCUAGUGCAUACACUUCUCAUGUAAUGGUCUUCCUAUAAGAAACUUUUUCAAAGAGUAGCCUCAGAUGUACAGUAGAGAAUCUUUUGUUUAAUGGAAAUGAAGCAUAUCUUUUUCUUACAGAUGCACGGUUUACUAUUGAGCUUUUUGUGUGCAUGUUAGUUUCUCCUUUUAUAUUUUAACUUAUUAACUCUGACAAGUAACCUCUUGGUUGUGAACAAUUUAAUUCACAAUUCAUUUUUCUGAUUCAAAGUGAACACAAGUGCCCUAAUCCCCUAAUGGGAAUUAAUUGCAUGUUUCAGUGCUUAACUCUGAUCCUCUCUCAAUCCCCACUGGGACAGGUUUUUUCCUGAAGGAUCUGUGUUUGUUAUUCAAAACACAAGCUGAAAGGUAGAAUGGCUCGUGUCUUUAUUUAUGGAACCCUUAAAAAAGGCCAGCCCAACCACUGGCACAUGUUAAACAGUACCGUUGGGAGAGCAAAAUUCCAAGGCAGGGGACGCACCAUGGAGAAAUACCCUUUGGUGAUUGCAGGAAAAUAUAACAUCCCUUUUUUGCUGAACAUCCCAGGAAUGGGAUACCAUGUUACUGGAGAGAUAUAUUCUGUUGAUGACCAGAUGCUGCAAUUCCUUGAUGAAUUUGAAGACUGCCCAGACAUGUAUCAACGUACUCCUGUGAGAAUUGAAGUAGUAGAGUGGGAAGGUAAAAGCAGUGCACCUGAAGAGAGGCCAGCUGUUAACAGCAUUAUGGAAUGCUUUGUGUACAGCACAGCUACCUACCAGCCAGAGUGGAUAAAUCUUCCCUACUAUGACAAUUAUGAUUCCUUGGGGAAUCAUGGUCUUCAUUAUGUGCUACGUAAAAAUAGAGAUUAAAAAUGGAAGGUAACAAAAUGUAUUAAGAAAAUUCACUAAAUACCUAUUGAUCACAAGCCUCACAUAAAUCUAGAAUUCUUGUAUUGAAGCACUAGUGCCUUUUGUAGCCUUUCCAACCAUAUACUCAUUGAUUCUAACAUCAUUACCAUACAGAUACAGACUGGUGCCAAGCCUAGCAAAAUUGUUUUUGAUUGGUGAGUAAAAUACUUUGUGGUGAUUUUUCUUUUUUUCCUUGUAAAGUCAAAAUAAAAGGGCAGCUGAAUGGAAGAUUUUUCACUGUAACUGGUACAUUUUCAUGUCUGUUUUAUCAGUUUUAUAAAACAGUAUUGCUACGCUACUGCAAGAGCAGAUAAUGAAAUAUGGCUGAUUUCAGAACACUGAAAAAGCAGCUCAGAUUACUGCACAGCAAUCCUCAGUCAGCAAAUGUCUGAAAAGAAAACAAUUACAUCUGUGUCAAGUGCUGUAAGAAAAAAUGAUAGAAAAAAUAAAGUGAAACAGAAAAGAC